GGUGCUUGGUUCCACGUUUUUUUUGCCUGCGCGUGGCGAGACCUUGUUACUUGGAUCAUGGGUCAGAGUGAGUUUCGUUUUUGGAUGAACCGGAUGAAUAUUUACGUUUGAUUUUCAAAGAACGAAUAUUUGCAAAGUUGAAUUGAAACAUCGGUGGAUCCAGAAAAAAAGUCGGUGAGAAUAUGAAUAUUAAAUCUAUAAUCCGCACAUCUCUGAUAUUUAUAAACACAAACAUUGGAAUCAGAAGUUUUGCAACAGUUUCAGGAUUAUCAAUUUUGCUCUGGUACUAUUUUGCAACAAUGAGUGGGAAUGAUGAUUUUAAAAGUGCAACAUCAAUUUACGAUUUCACGGCAAAAUCAAUAAAAGGGGAGGAUGUUCCUUUAUCAAACUAUAAAGGACACGUUUGUAUUAUUGUCAACGUGGCUUCCAAAUGUGGACUGACAAAAACAAAUUACAAAGAACUUAAUGAGCUUUAUGAUAAAUAUGCAGAAUCCAAUGGAUUGCGUAUACUCGCUUUCCCUUGCAAUCAAUUCAAUGGUCAGGAACCAGGUACUUCUGAUGAUAUUUGCAGUUUUGCUAAUCGAGAAAAGGUAAAAUUCGAUUUAUUCGACAAAAUCGAUGUCAAUGGAGAUAAUACUCAUCCAUUGUGGAAAUAUCUAAAAAAGGAACAAGGAGGAACUUUAGGCAGUUUCAUCAAAUGGAAUUUCACAAAGUUCAUUGUGAAUAAAGAAGGAAAAGUUGUCGAGAGACACGGACCUAACGUGGAUCCAAAUAGUAUGGAUUCAAAUCUCCAAAAAUAUUUCAAUAUGUAAAAUUCAUUAAUUUUUACAAAAUGCACAAAAUUCAACACCAAAUUGAAUAUUAAAAGUGUUUUAUAAAAAUUAAUUAAUUAUUAAUAUGUUGCACAUUUAAAAUUGUAUUCUAUACAAUUAUUGCAUUAUAGAGACGUAGAAAUCAAAGUUUAUUAAGAUUUAUAAUCACGUUUGCGAGUUAUUUUUUAUAAUAUAAAUCUCUUUAUAGUUAUUAUAAAUUAUAAUUUAUAGAUUUCCAUGCAAGAGAAGAAAGCAUAAAACUCUUCAUAAAUUUCAUAAUGUACGCUAUGUAAACCAAUAAAAAUUAAAUAAUUAUCGAUGCGAAUUAUUCUUAAAUAAUAAAAUUUUGGUAGAAAUGAAAAA